UGACCUUCCUAUAAAGGUAUUUCCUAUUUAGCUUCAUCUAACAAUGUUCUCUCUCAUUAUCAAAGCAAUCGUGCUCCGAUAAUGCAUUGAACAUCCAUGGACUAAAGUGAUCAGAUUAGAUUAAUAGUAAGCUUAAGCACUUUCUUAUCUUUCAUGAAAGUGAUGUCCAACGGCAGUGUAGCCUUUAUCAUUUCGCGAGACGCAAUACUAUUAUCGGACUAGAAGAAUAUGCUAAGUUUUGUGCUAUUUGCUUAUGUGUGUUAUAAUUACUGAUUCAUUAGUGUUAGACCAAUUAAAUCUGUGAGUCAAUGUACAAAAAGGAAGAUAAGUAAUGAUUAAUCCACGAGACGUUGCAAGUUUUGACGUUUUAGUGAAUAAAGUGUGCUGUUCACAAUUGUGUUCAAGUAAUUGUUGAUACAACUGCUCACAAAAACGGACGUGAAUAAGUGUGAAAGCAAGACUCCGUGCAAAUUUUUAUUUUACAAAGUGAAUUUUUAUUCUUGUUGCAAGUUAUAUUUCUAUUAUUUUUAGACAAUUAAUCAAUAUUAUACUAAAUUUUAUUAUACAAUUUGACUUUAUAUUAAAAAAUGUUUACGAAAGUGCCGCCGAAUGGGGGGUGGGGAUGGAUCAUUGUGUUAGCUGGAGCACUGAGUGGCCUAUCAACUAUCCCAAUUUUGCAAGUAUUCGGAUUGAUAUUUAAAGAUUCUUUUGCCACGCUUAAUCUGACUGCAACAGACACGUCAGUUAUAAUCAAUGUAAAUUUGGCAUUCGGUAUGAUACUCGGCUUAAUCAAUGGGCCUCUCUUGAAGAUCUACGGUUAUAGAAGAGUGGCGCUGACCGGAAGUAUAAUGUAUGCAGUUGGUGUAAUACUGACGGCAUUUGCCAACAGCUUUGCUCUUAUUAUUAUUUGUUAUGGAGUGCUAGCCUCUAUUGGUAUAAGUAUGUCGAUGUCUGCAUUCUCUCUGGCGACUAAUAGUUACUUUACUACGAAACGAUCACGAGCUGUAGGCAUGGGAAUGACUGUCACAGGGCUGGGUCCAAUUCUUAUGCCUCAAAUAGCAUCUUUCUUACUUUCAUAUUAUGGUAUUCAGGGAACCAUCUUGAUACUUGGCGCUUACAGUUUUCACUCGAUGAUAGGCGCAUUAUUGCUACAUCCGAUCAAAUGGCAUAUGAAAAACGCACCCAUUUGCUUAGAGACAAUCCCUGAAAAUCCUAAGACUUUGACUGACAUUAAUGAUAAACAAGAUACAUUGAAUUGUUACGAGGAAGAUGAAAGUAUACACUCUUCGAUGCCGGCAAUAAAUUAUCAGAGAAAAAGAAGACUAACCGUAUCCAGCAUUGAUCACGAUGUCGAAGUUGGAAGCAUUUAUGGAUUCGAUACACCAUUACCCCGACAAAUUUCUACAGACGGAACCAGUAGGAGCCGACUUAAUCUAUCGUACGACUCAAAUUACGACACCGAAAUGUUGAUGAUGAACGGUACAUCAAAAACGAAUUUACCAAAAUAUCCAUGGUGGAAUUUAUCAAGAAGCGUAGAUAGUGUUCAUCUCGGUAGUAGCAUAAAAAUUUUUGACGAGCCUAUUCCAAUAACGAAAAAAUUGACAUUUGUCGAUAAUGAUGUAAGCAAAAAUAAUGGUACAAGUCAGAACGUUGUGGAAAAGGAUUCGCUAUUAGAAAAAGAGGCAGAUAAAUGUUCAAUCAACGAAAAUAAUGACAGCAGCGGCAAAAAUAAUUCGGCCUGUCACCGAAUUCUACAACGAGUGUCUGACCUUUACGACUUCGAUCUUCUGCGCGACCCGAUUUACGUGAACAUUAUGUUGGGGAUGUCAAUCGCGAUUUUCGCCGAGAUAAACUUCUCCAUGCUGACGCCGUUUAUCCUCGCUGACAUGGGUUUGACAACGGCAAAAAUUGCCAACGUCAUGAGUAUCAUCGCGAUAGUUGAUCUCGUUCUCAGAGGCGCGGCACCCUAUCUGGGGGAGUGGCUGCGUCUAUCGUCCAGGAUGAUGUACAUGCUCAGCUUGUUUCUUCUGAUAAUUAGCAGAACCUCGCUGAUAUUUGCGAAUAGCUACGCUACGAUGGUGGCCGUCGCGAUCGGUUUGGGAGCAGCGAAAGGAAUUCGAUCGGUGUAUAUGGUCUUGGUCGUACCCAGCUACGUUCCCAUUCAAAAGUUACCCAACGCAUCAGGAAUUCAGAUGCUGACCAACGGACUGUUCCUCAUGAGCGCUGGUCCUAUGCUCGGUUUAUUACGGGAUAAUACUGGAAAUUACACCAUCUGUAUUAUCCUACUCAACUGCGUGACCGCUAUUACAUUAUGUAUUUGGACAAUAGAGAUGCUUAUUCGAAGGAAAUCUCUUGCGCGGCAAAAAUCACAAUUAUCCGGAACAUCUUAGUAAACUCAAUAUAAUUAUGUAUCUGUAAAUAAAUUAUUUCCAAUUGUA